AUGGCUGAAGCAAGAGAUAGACUCUCAAGGCCGCCUGUUGAUCUCGCAGACACCUAUGCUCAAUGGCUAUCGCGCAAUCGCAGUAUUUACAUAGAUCCGCCAGAGCAGGUUCUUCAGGUUGUUCCAGACUUGUCGAGAACGCCAGCGAGACAGAGAGCCCCAACAGCAUUAGGGUUUGGGGCCACCGGAGUUGUUGGUGGUGGAGGGCUCCUGAGGAGCAGUUUGAGGACUCCGAGGACCGGAAAUGGGCGUGGUCGGAUCCCAUUUGGGUUUACGACACCGGCCAGAGAGAACACGCCGCCGGCCGGGAGUUCUCGCCGGAGAAGGGGCAGAUCCAGUAACAGCGUGUUACCUUCUUGGUACCCAAGAACCCCUCUCCAGGAUAUCAGUGCUGUUGUGAGGGCCAUUGAAAGGAGAAGAGCACGCUUGGUUGAGAACGAUGGCCAACACACUGAGGGUCAAGUUCCACAGGGCCGGAAUAUACUUGAUCAAUAUCUGCUAGUGCCAGGUGCUCAACUUGAGCAUGGUGUUCCUGUUACUCCAUAUUCAGCUGUUCGAACCAAGCAAUGCCCACCUCCUUCCGUUGGUAGAGUGCAGAAAAUUAUAAGGGAGGCCACUAAUACUCAGACUGCUGAAGGAGAAUUUCUUACACCACAGAAGAAACUAUUGAACUCAAUUGACACAGUUGAGAAAGUGGUGAUGGAAGAACUUCAGAGGCUGAAGAGGACCCCCAGUGCUAAGAAGGCUGAGAGGGAGAAAAGAGUUCGAACUUUGAUGUCAAUGCGAUGA